AUGCCUCCAGCUCGAUCGAUACGGCGUGCUGUCACCAACGAGAACGAUGAGAACGGUGGUUCGACACGUCUAACCAGAGCUAAAGCCGCUGCUUUGACCGUGCCGGAAGAUGGUGCAGCAAUGGUCAAGAAAGCCUUGGGAACCAAGAGGUCCACCACAAACAUAUCAAACGCGAGCGCUGCACCAGGGCAACGGAAACGAGCAGCACUGGGUGAUGUAAGUAACGUUACAAAGAACGAGGUGGUUGAUUCGAAGGAAGGGAAGAAGGCUCUGGGUGGGAAGGCCGGACUUGUGUCGAAGGCUGCAGCCAGUGCUGGAGUACAGAAGAUCUCGCGUACGAAUUCAAAUCGCUCUAUACUUGGAGCCAAGGACAACAACAAGAGAGCGGCAUCAACUGAGCUGAAGCGUCCUGCAAGUGGAUCUGGUGUGAUGGGUGCCGCCGCAAAGAAGAGGCACACAGGCUCAACUGGCAGCCAACAGUCAAUCAAAGAAGAGAAAGCAGACUCCGAGAAUGAGCCACCAAGGAAGAAAGUAGUUGUGACUGAGGUGGAGCGGGUCGUGGAGACCAAGAAACAGAUCUUUGAAGAUGAAUUGAAACAAGAAGAGGCAGAAGUCAAGACAGCCUUUGAACAAGGCGUCGUAGAUCUGGACGCGGAAGAUUAUGAUGACCCUCUCAUGGUGGCAGAAUAUGUUGGCGAGAUCUUCGAGUAUCUCAAGGUCCUCGAGGAAGCCACAAUGCCCAACCCAGACUAUAUGGACUUCCAAGACAACCUGGAGUGGCACCUGCGCGGCGUUCUUGUCGACUGGCUGAUAGAAGUUCACACUCGCUUCCACCUGCUACCUGAAACGAUGUUCCUCGCCAUCAACAUCAUCGAUCGAUUCUUGUCCGCUAGAGUUGUAGAAUUGGAGAAGCUGCAACUCGUAGGUAUUACGGCCAUGUUCAUCGCUUCCAAGUAUGAGGAGGUUCUCUCACCCCAUGUGCAAAACUUCAAGCAUGUCGCCGAUGAUGGUUUCACGGAAGAAGAAAUCUUGAAGGCAGAGCGAUUCGUGUUGGCCGCGCUCAAUUAUGACCUGAGCUAUCCCAACCCGAUGAACUUCCUCCGAAGAAUUUCAAAGGCCGACAACUAUGACAUUCAGACGCGUACUCUUGGGAAAUACCUGCUCGAGGUUAGCUUGGUUGAUCAUAGGUUUAUGGCCUUCCACCCGAGUCACAUCGCUGCUGCGUCGAUGUUUCUUUCGCGUCUGAUCCUCGAACGAGGCGAAUGGGAUGCAACUCUUGCUCACUACUCGGGAUACACCGAGGAUGAGAUCAAGCCGGUCUUCCGGCUCAUGGUUGACUAUCUUCACAAACCCGUCCAGCAUGAAGCCUUCUUCAAGAAAUAUGCAAGCAAGAAGUUCUUGAAAGCUUCGAUCUUGACAAGGCAGUGGGCUAAAAACAACCUCCAAUACAAAUCAUGA